CUGGAGUAGUGUGGAGGCGCAGCGCAAACUCCUAUAAACUCUCUCGCGAACCAGUCCGCUUCAGAUAGAUCUCCGCGUUGCUCGUCAGUUCCGAUUCAAGUGACUUCAAACUCCGUCUUGAACAAUCCGGAGAACGAGCGACGAUCGCAUCAAUUAUCCUCGGUGGCAGUAGUGGCGGUCGAUGUGGUACACAGUUCGCGAGUCUUAUAGGUACUGAGCAGCUCCGGACUGUCUGUGGAGGGGCUCUGCUAUUAAUUCGAUUAAAAUCAGAAAAUUAUCUUCCUCUGGACGACGGGGACGACAGCUUGGAAAAGAGCGAGCAACCGACGGACAACGAGAACCGCGUGCUUUGCCGUUUGUGCUGCAAUUUUCCUGUCCUCUUCGCGCCCGCGCGCGCUGCUUUGUCGAAGAUUUUAUGACUUUUCAAGUGAAGUAGGCUGGAGAGGAUCGGCCGGUCGGUGCUGGGCUGCGCUGAAGAUUCGUUGCUUUGUCAAGUUUUGCUCGUUUAAUGUUAUGGUCGUUAUUAAUAGUGGUGGUUUUAAUUUUUGCGCUGUUUGCCAGUGCAGAUAUUGACUACGGAAGAGAAUCACAGAAGAUAUUGCGCCUGGUGAUGUGGAAUUGGAACUUUUGUUUUGCGAAUCUCGGCUCAGGAUGGUCUGAGUGAGAAGCACUUUACAUUGGAUUGGACUGGAGCUGGUACUCUUGCAACUCAACUAGAAAUGAUUCCUACAAAUUAACAAACACUCUCCCAAGUCCCCUUUUGCCGUCACAUAUCAGCAUCGGUGAAGUGAAGUAUAAUCGCUCAUCUACUCUCUCGCAAUCGGGACCCAACGGCUAAUACCCAACUAGUUCUACAGUACAAAGCGCGCGUCAUCACUUUGGGAGCGAAAGCAUACCGCGCGCGCGGUGGAGAAGAAAUCCUGCAAGAGAGUGAGAAAUCCGUCCAUCGAUUAGAUUCGAUCCAACCGCCGCCCAUCAAGCAGUUCGAACCACUCGCGAGUCAUUGGCGCACGAUUGGUCAGCACUAGUGGCCGCGUAGUCUCGGUUGGACCAUCGUCCGAUUCGCAUCGGUUUUUCCGUCGUCGUCGCCGUCGCUAUAGUUAUCGUUGGUGCUAUUUGAUUGGGCCAGUUCGAUUGAAACCGCUGGAAAGGGUGCUACAAUACAGUUGAUGUUCGAAUGUUAAUGCUGUCCUGGUGAAUUUAAUUAUCAUAUGUUCGACACCGUAUCAAUAAUGCACCAGAGCGAAUGAUAUUGCGCCCCGUCAAUUGUGUGUUGUGAUUAAUGUAGUGAAUGAAGCAGAAUUAUUGAUGCACGAUUAUUCAAAUACUUCGACCGGUACCGAAAUAAAAAGUGGCAGCAGCUUUGAUAGAGUCUCGUGCGGUUCCAUUAUUCAUCGUGAAUGCAUUAAAAUUUAUUCAAACAUCCGAGGAAGAAAAGAGCAACAACGUGGUGAAAAAAAAACGAUUAAUUCAUUUAAUUUCUGUCAUAUCAGUUGUAUAAAUAAUUACCGCAGCGGAAAAAAGAGGCAACAUACACCGGCAAAAGUAGACAAAACAAAGCAAAAACAACGAAGCUCCGUAACAAGAACAAGCAAAGAAACGGAAACGCGACGUCAAACCUACGUCCACCAUGGUGCUGGUGCUGAAUGGUGUUUUACAGGAUGAGUGUCCCAUGGAUACGCAUUCGCUCUUUGUACAGCAUCCGGUUUACCGGGAAACGGCUACACAGUUCCUGUCAAUUCCUACAAAAACGGUUGGUGCUCCCGGGUUGCUGUACGUGUGCCAGCGAGAAAUGGCAGCAGUGGCACCACACGACAAAAAUGUAAAUAUUAUCGGAUCGGACGAUGCCACAACCUGCGUCAUUGUGGUGGUGCGGCAUUCAGGGUCCGGAGCGGUAGCGCUGGCUCACCUGGAUGGCAACGGAACUGACGAGGCUGUAUCGACGAUGGUUGCCCGCGUCCAAGAACUUGCCUUCGGCUAUCCAGAAGGCCGAAUCGAACUACAGCUGAUAGGUGGCUUCAAGGAUUCCCAAGGCUACGCGGAGGAUCUCUUCAGCAACAUUAUGCAAUCGUUCCACAAACACCCACUGGAAAUCGAUUUGACACAAGCCUGUGUCGGUGAGCUGAACACCAUCCUACGAGGGGAUCUCAACUGGCCCAUCAUCUACGGCAUCGGAGUGAACGUCAAAACUGGAGAGAUUUUCCCAGCCACCUUACCGGACAAGGGCCCCGACCUUCAAUUGCGUAUGGCACGACACUUUACUGGUGGCCAUCAGGUGCUCGAUAUCUACGACUCCACUGUCGGAAUGCUCCGAAUCGGUCCAUUCAACUACGAUCCACUGCGUGGGGUGGACCUCUGGCUGUCGCAGAGCGACGAGUUCAUCCUCCAGCAUCUAUCCACUAGUCCCGAGGUGGAGCCACCCCACUUUGCUAUGCAAGUCCGUGCCACACUUAGAUACAUCCAAGACAACCAAUUCCCGGCGGUUACGGUAUUCCGGAAUAACAAUCCGCACUAUUUCAGAAGAGACGAAACCACUGGUUGUUGGACGCCGGUGCGGUUCUAGUUGAUCACGUCACGGAGAUUGUUCCCAAUACGUAGCUGCAUAUGGUUUGAUUUUUUUUUCUCGUCGUUCUCUAGGGGCGUAAUUAUUCUUAUUUAAUCCUAGCGUAGAGUCUCAUAACAAAAACUUAUUUGCACCUAAUUGUAGAACGGUUCCCACAACUGAAGUCGGUGUAGGUUUCAUAGAUUUAAAAAGUGUUAUUAGCGGUUAUCAAACCACUAUGGAAUCUACAGUGGCUAUAGGGUGAAUGUUUCGAUUCUCCAUCUCAUAGUAUCCCAUAUCAAUCCAAUGAAAAACGAAUGUAUGAAAAAUAAAUUCAUUUGUUGCUUAUUUUGCGAUUUUGCUAUCGGAGCAUAAGAUGGCGAAUAAAAUCAUUUCCCUACCAAGAAACACGGUAUCGUUAUUCAAUAUAAACAGAGACGAAUUUGAACUUUUAUUUGCAGCCUAUCUAUUUAAAACUUUUUAGGAUUUUUCUAGUAUGAUGUAUUAUUUGCGUUUUUAUCUUACACGAUUUGCUGUAAUUUUGAGUUCACUUUUAUUCAGAUCAAAUUAUGUUCAUCAACCAGCAGUGUUGUCAAACGAGCUUUUGUUAUUAAUUUUAUAGGUGCGCUCUACUUGCUGCAGCUUAGCAGGUUUUGAGCAGAGCUAAUCUCCUAAACACAGACCAUUUGACACUUUUAGUGAAAUUUGAUUUCAACCCGGAUACGCGAUAAGAAAAUAACUACUUUGAAUUGUACAGGAUUUAAUUCGCCUGGAGUUAGAAAUGAGUAAAUUAUACACGAAGAAAAAUAAAUAAAUUUAUCGUUC